AUGUUAUCUAUUUUUGGAUUUUUCUAACCGGGUACACCAACUUUGCUGCGCUCCUCUUGGUCGGCGUCUCCACAAUCGAGACGACUCCCGAGAAGAGAAGACGAGUAGAGAAGAGAGACUCCGGUGAGAGGUGAGGCCAUGGCCUCCGGCUCCGGCCAGCAGCAAUCCCCCAACCCGGGAGCAACAACAGAUGGUGAGGGAGCUGGGGCCGAGAAGCUGGUAUUCGAGGCGCCGCCGUAGCCGAUGAGGGAGGACUACGUCUAGAAUGCCGUCAAGUUCCUCUCCCACCCAAAGGUUAGGGGCUCCCCCAUCGUCUACCGGCAAUCCUUCCUCGAGAAGAAGGGCCUCACCACCCAAGGGGUCGACGAGGCCUUCCAAAGAGUCCCUGAUCCGCAACCGAGUGCUACCACCACUACUGCCUCACAGCAGCAAGAAUCAAUCCACUAGCAUGCAAACUUACGCACCAGUGCAAUCUCUGCAACCAGCAACUAGCCCUGCAACCGCUGACCCUGUCGUUCUUCGUCCGCAGCCCAAAUUCAGCUGGUACCAAGCAUUCCUAGCUGCAGGGCUGUUGCUUGGUUUUGGUGCUAGUGCUUCUGUCUUUAUCAAGAAACUGUUCCUUCCUAGGCUCAAAUCCUGGAUCCGUAAUGUAGUAGCAGGAGGAGAUGAAACUGAAGGCAAGGAACCUAAGACCAAGAUUGAAGAGGAAACUGCUGAGGCUGUGAAGGCUUCUGCAUCAGCUGUUUCUGCUAUUGCUAAAACAAACCAAGAACUGCUUGCUUCAAAGGAUGAAGGUUUCACAAUACUUUCGCAUGAUUUGUUUCAUUUUUGUUGCCAAUAUAUUCACUCUGUUGUUGUGCUCAUGUUGGCAGAAAAGAAGAUACUUGUAACUUUAAUGCAAGCUCUAGAUUCCCAAGCAAAGGAGUUAAAAUCCUUGAGAGAGUCACUAAAUCAUAGCAGGGAAUCCAUAAAUAUUAGCAGAGAGGAUAGGUUUUCUCAGUACCGACCGUUGGAAGAGCAUGCCCCUCCUGCUAUAAGGAAUGGUCAGUUAUGUGGCAUUUCAUACUUCAGUGUUUCUCUCUUUGCAUCAAAUAGCUCUGUUAUCAGAAGAGCUCCACCUUUUGUCAUGGCAGUGCUGUGUAAAAAACAUCUGCAUGCAAACCCUAGACUAGAAAAGUUCGCCUUAUGGUUUCAAUAUAAUUGUUGACUCUGAUAUCUAUGAGAAUCUCACCACACUACCGUUUGUUUGAUCGCAAUGUUCAGGACCAGUUAACAGUUCAUGGAGAGCUUCUCAGGUGUGCACUUAAAGUAUCCAUCCCGUAUUCCAAUUCCACAAAUAUGCUCAUGCUUUUGAAUCAUUGUCCUAUUUCUGAGCACUUUCCCUCUUGUAGCAAACUAACUUAUACGGUGUGUCGGGGUGUAAAAAAACAACCUAGCCAAACUAAAUGACAUCCAUAUAACAUUUGUCAAAUUAGUUAAAUUAGCUGGAUUGACUUUGUUGGUGGCUUGUUUGUGUAGCCCGAAGGAAGAUGUUUAAAUCAGCCAUAUGUAAUUCUGCUUCUGUAUUCUUUUAUACAUAAUAUCUGAGUAGACCUAACAUAGUGUGUGUAAUGAGAUUACAUAGCUGAAAUGUAAAAGAUAUGCCAUUCAUUUCUAACUGCCAUAUAGAGGCUCCUGUUCUUGAUCAAGCUAGUCAUUUUAGUUUUAGGAUAAUAUUGGCUCUUAGUCUAUUACAUCUUCUCAAUGUACAUAUUGCUCAAUCUCAAAACAUGUUUGUUUGUGAGAUGUACAUAUGGUUAACAUAUUUUGUUUUAUGAUGUUCUUUAUUGAUCAGUUGAAAGCUAUUCAGCUGUGUCACCAGUUUACUAUUUCCUCCCUUCCCAAAUAGAUGUCACGUAAGUACGUGUGUAAUCAAACUUUAGAAACUUUAAUCACUAACAUACACAAAAAUAUUAAGAUUUGUCUCAUAAAACUGGCAUCAAUAGAUUUGUCAUAAAAAUUGCUUUUAAAUAAAUUCUAUUUUGUGAAACACUCAGCUAAAUACGUGAGCCUGCAUUAUUGAUUUGAGUUCUCGACCAUUCUCACAUCUAUUACUGUAAUUCAUAGCAGUGUUUAUUUUGUUGUCGUCCAUUUAACGUAUCAAUUGUCACUGAAAGCAUAUUCCCUAUUAUAACUUGAACUACCACCCUGAUUGUAUUUUUAUGCUUUGAACAGAUGUCACACCUGGUUUUAAAGGAAAUAAACCAGAUGUAUUCCACAUGUAUGUCAGGAUCAAAUUUUCCAUACAUGUAGCGACAUCAUUAGUGAUAACAUAAAUUGUGUCUUAAAUAACGAAAACAUUUCUUACAAAAGGACCCGAAGGUCUGAAAGAAAAUAUUAAGAGAUCUUCAAAUGGCAGCAGAACUCUCAUCCAUCCACAGGCGUUAUCCAGGGGAAACUCCAGCCUAGGAUAUGGCCUUCAAACGACGCCUUUCUCCUUCUAGAAUUCAGCACCAUCGUCCGGGAAGUCUUCGAAAGCUUUACCUUCUGAGCACCAUCCGGAAUUUUGGGAGAAGGCAAACGUGAGUACACAGAGUAAUCAGCAAGUGGGGGAAAAGUAUGACAUGCAGGCUAUUGACAAGGAAAAGCUUGAGUUGGGGAUUACUGUGACUAUGUCCAACUAAACAAGACUCAAAUAACCUAGCAACCUAUUUACUAGAUUAAACUCCAACAAAUAAAGAACAACUCAUCGGAUUCCAUCCGACUACCAGACUCACCAGAUGUCCCAUAUCUGGCUAUCGACUCAUCGGGAGUCCCACCACCCGACCACCCAAACCAACCCUUAGAAUUCCCAUCUAAUUAUGAAGAAGUCCACUUUACUUAUGAGUCGUGAUUCCCGUUUUGCUUUACACUUCCGGGGUGUAGAGCCGAGGUCUCACUACAAGGCCGUUACAAAGUACCUCCACAUCUAUAAGCACCCACUAAGGCUUCACUGCUAACAGGGAUUCCAUCCACUGCAGAGGCUCCCUCUUGUGCCACUUAACCGACCAUUGGUGCGUACAAAAUAUGAAGGGCACUAAUUACUUGGCCAGGCCGUACCCAUAUAGGCCUCAUGGUUGUGUUGUUAUGCCAGGUAACAGGCUUCACAAACCGGUCUUUAGGAUCCCACACAAGAACGUACACAAUCCCUGCUAUGUAGCUCCACCUCAUACUAGCCAUCUAGUUAGGAUCCCUAGUUCAAGUUACUACAAGAUUACCAUUCCCCAAAUACUUGUUUCAUAGACAUUAGUCAAAAUUCAUAAACACUCCAAUCCUUGAUUGCACUAGCAUGACUACCUUUUUCAUGUUUCAAGACCCAAAAGAGGCUACAAGGAAUUGUCACACAAAUUCUAGUAAAACCCUAUUUAUAGGAUUUCAUAUUUAAACAAGCAUGCAGCUAAGGAAAAUAAAACUAUAAUGUCCUAUAAUGGCAUCAAAGUGGUCAAGAACACUUGCCUUCAAAUGCAGGCUGCUCGAAGUCUUCAAAAGCUUGGUCCUGAACACUGACACUCUGCUCGUCUCCUAAAGCCCAAGCGCACACCGGAAAGCAACAAACAUAACAGCUAAGUACAACACACAAAACAGGGCAAAUAACUUUAAAAAGACUACUAAAGGAAAGUACACGAUGCUACGAUCUCGAGAGCGCAAAAAUCACCUAAAUCGGAGCUAGUAUGAAAAAGUUAUGCUAGUUUUACUCUACAGGGGCUUUUCUGAAAGGUUACAGGGACUAAUUUAUGAAUACAAAAGAUUCUAGGGGCUUAUGUGUAAAGUUCAAGGACCUAUUUGCAAUUAUCCUAAAGUUCAGGGGCUUAAAUGCAUAAAACAGAACUAUCUAGGGGUAUUUUUGUGAAAACAGUAAAGUCUAAGGGUCUAUUUGCAAGAUUGCCUAAUUUCAGAGAAUAAUUGGAUUUAUUUUUUACUGAAAACCCUAUUUAUUGCGCAAUGCUGACGUCACUGGCUUACAUAGCGGCUGACUGGGCUCAAGGGCUUACGUGGCUUGCCACGUAGGACAGGAACAUCCACGUGGCGCGCUGACGUGGCUCGGCUUGUUGACUAGCUUAAAGCGGAUACGUGGCGGCUUCUAACUGGCUAGCGAAGGAGUACGGGUCGUUCUAAUCUUGGGCGUACAUCUCGGAUCGGACGGCCAAAGCUGAUCGGGAGGGAAACGAAGCCGACGACGACUGGAGAAUGGUGGCGCCGCCUCGGACUUCGCCGGAGACACGGUAACUCACGCUACCGGCCACUAAAACCUACGGCGAGCGGCGGAAAACGGAGAGGGGUGCACGGGGGUUCUCACCGAAGGCUUGUCGACGGCCGGGGAGCUUCUGGCGGUGGUCGGCGACGGAAAUGGCGGACGGCGGCGGGCGGAGAUCGGCGAAUUCGCGACUGCGACAACGGAACGGCGCAAUUGGCGGUCGGGACAGUUUUCUGGGGGGGGGGCAUGUGGUGAUAGAGGAGGCGUCAAUUGACCGCGGGGAGCUUCGGAAAAGGUUGACGACGACAAGGGGGCGGCGGUGCUUACUGGCGAACGGCACGAACUCGGUUCCGGUGGCGGAGAGGCUUCAGCGAGCAGCGAAAUGGACUCCACGCGCUCUGGCGACGCUGGCGGUGCACUCAGACGCGGAGGGGGAGGCUCGGGUGCGGCGGAGUGCUCGGCGAGCUCGAUGGCGCUGGUGUUCGGGUUCUCGACGAGGUGAGGCAGAGGGGAUGACGGCGCUGCGGGGCUUUAUAGGCGAGGGCAUGCGCAUCCGUUGCGCGGACGUGGGCGUGUGGGGCGGCCAUGCCGGCGAAAUUGGGUGAGGUGGGCGGCAGUUGCGGGAGCAGGCGUGCGGCGCAGGCGCAGAUGCGGGCGCGGCACGGUGGAGACAAAGGCGACAAUAGGUGGGGCACGGCGGUCAGCGGGAGCGAGGGGAGGAACGGACUGGGCUACGCUGCGUUCGGAGAUAGGUCGGAACCGACAAGCUGGGCUGGACUGCAAGUUUUGAACGGGCGUCACAACAGACAAUGUCCACUGCACAACGAGAUAGGUCUUCUGGGAGUAAGCCUUGGGAAAUGCUGCAAUAUUCACAGCAGAGGCCUGAUUAUGGGUCCAACUCCCAGUUGAUGAGUUGAGUGAUGAUGGAUCAUACUCUGAAGCUCAGGGCAACUAUGCUCCUUCAUACCACCAGAAUGGGAAGGCACCUGAUUUGCAAGCAGAUGAGCCUAAGCCUUUGGCAUACAGCACUGGGGUUGAGGAAAGAUCGCCGCCUCAGCACCGCUGGGUUCCUCCUCAGCCUCCAGGAGUUGUCAUGCCAGAGGCAGCAGGUGCCAUACGUGAACCGAAGACCCUUUCGAACUAACCCUCGAACGACACCACUGAGGCUGCUGGUGAGAUCCAGGUGAAUGGUGCCCCAAGUGCAUCCGCUGUUGUCACAGAGGUGCCAGUUAAUGGCAGCGCCGCAAUUGAUGCUGGACGUAGUGAGAUUGAAGAACACUCAGAGGCCAUCUAAGUAAAAUCAAGACCAGCCAAGAACUGAGAAGCAAUCUAAGCUAGAUUUUGGUACAUCCUGGAGCUUUCCAUACGUUUCUGAAUAAUAUCUGUAUCGCAAAAGCAGCAGAGUUGCAAAAGAUGGAUACCUGAAACACAAUAAGUUGCAACUAAUUAUUUAUACGUAUUCUAUAUUUAGAUUAAUGCUACUGUGUACACUGGAAAACAUAUCAAGAAGAUUUCGAUGGCCGUGCA